AUGAUUUAUACAGGGACCAAAGGAGACUGGCCUUUCUUGCGAUCCUGUUUUCGGCUAUCGACUGGAUUCAACUGCAAACGUGUUUGCCAUCUUUGUGAUGUGGCCGAUUGGUGGGAUGUCAAGGGCGAAAUUCAAGACCUACCAGCUGACCACAACCCUUCAUGGCCCUUCAAGGCUGGGCCACCGGCAGCCCUUCGAAGGUUACCCAUGGGCGAGAACCCGAAAUUUGCUAGAAUCGACCCAGCCCAUACGUGGGCAAUUGCUGGAAUUGGUAAGGACCUCGCUGCUAGCACUAUCUUGCUGUGUGCCAGAAUUGGUAUAUUUGGGUACGGUUCCCUGGACAAAUGCUUGAAGCGGGCCUAUGACAUUUUCCAAGCCUACCUGGUCAAAGCUGGGAAGUAUUCGUCAAUUGACGAUUUCUCCUACAAGACCAUGAAGUGUGGCAAAACGUUCCCUGCUUGA